GGGAAACAUGGUACUGGCCGUUCCUGGUCUUCGGAGGAAUGAAAAACUGGGAUUUGGGAGUGGAACCAUCCAUAUUGCGAGACGCGAGGUUGCAAGCCUUUUCACGUCCAGCUUGCAAGGUAUAAGCAAACUCAUCAGCCAGCAGAUCAGGGCUGUCGCAAGCAAAGGCCUGAAUGUUGAGGUAUAUGCGAGCCACGCUCUAGGGCAAGCAAUCAUUCCUUCCUUGCGAGCUAUGCUGAUGCGCCAUGUAUAGAAGAUACUCCUCACCGGCGGCUUCUCAGAAGCCCCAAUUUUCCGUGCGCAUAUAGAAGCGGAAUUCAAGGGUUUGAAGCCGAUGUAUGCGCCCAAGCGUCUGUGAGUCGGUACCGAAACUUGGUUUAAAGCUCAAUUCACUCACCGUACCCAGUGAUCCCACUGUCGCUGUUUCCCACGGCGCAGUCUUCCGUGCAAUGAACAAAGCGGACGGCCCUAAGCGAAUAGUGCAGUCAAACUUUGGAUUCCUCCAGAUAGAAGAGCGCAAUCUCAGGCUGCCAGCCCAUAGGAUGGCGACCCCGCUUGAUGGAGACUUUGAUGGCAAGAUGUAUAUAGAUAACGUUCUAGACUGGGUGAUAAAAAAGGAAUUUGUAUUGAGCAAGCACCAGACAUUCCGAACUCGGAAUUGGCAGGUCUUCGGUGUCAAUAAGGAGCUCAUCAUUUAUCAGAAAAUUUGGGUGUCUGAUUUUGACAACGCCCGCGAUCAUUACCAAGCGCAUAGCAAGUUCAAUAAAGGCGCCGAGGUUUUCGGAAUGCUGCAAAUAGACUUGGAGCCCGUCAGGGAAGAGGGGCGGCUCGAGGUCAAGUCGGGCCCCCGUGGAGACUACUACGAGAUUCAUUACGAGCUGGCCAUGGAGGUCGAUGGGAGAAAUCUGACUGUAAAGGCUCUAUGUCCACCCGGUGGGCAGUGUCGCGCAGAGACCCAGCUUUGUAUUGCUGCGGCGUUCAUUCCCGGCACCGAUUGAAGCAUCCAAAUAUGACACCCGAUGUCACUGUUGUGCUUCUG